AAUCUAUAAUUACGGUAUACUUCAAGUCAAGCUCCAAAUGACAGUUUGACAGUUCGUGUGUUUGUUUGUGAGUGUUAGAUAUUGUAAUCUAACACUUCGGGAAAAGUGAUGGCAGCAAUCUUGCCUAUUAAUAUUUUAGUUAUCUGACAAGCGAUAGAUUACACUUAGAAUAAGUGACUUUUUAUUCCACUCGUGAAAGUUGAACAAUAUAUAUAUUAAUCGCACAUAUGUUAAUCACAUCGUUGUCGCCUAAAUAAAAUAUAAUUCUAUUUGAUAACGUACAUGUAAAAUACAACUUCUCUUCAAAGACUACAAAGAUGGAGCAGAUAAAGAUUCCUAAGGAAGCAAUACGUUUGCAGGUAGAAAAUGUGAGAAUGCUGGAUAAAUAUAGCAAUAAUCAUUCCAUUGGUACUCUCUACUUAACGGUGACACACCUCAUCUUUGUCGAAAGAAGUGGCAAAAAGAAAAUAUGGGUAUUGUACACACAUAUCUCUAACAUAGAGAAACAGCCAUUGACAACUACAGGAUCACCGCUGUACAUUAAAUGCAAACACUUCUUUAUCGUCACAUUUGUUAUUCCAAAGGAACGCGAUUGUCAUGAGAUUUACCUCACAUUAUUAAAAUUAUCUUGCCCUGCUAGUUUAGAAGAUUUGUACUGCUUUAAUUAUCAAGAGAGUGAAGAUACUCUACCUCAGCACGCAGGAUGGAAUUUCUUCAAUGUACAGAGUGAAUUUCAACGGCAGGGUGUUCCAAAUGAAGAGUGGUCACUUUCAUAUUUAAAUACUAAUUAUGAGCUUUGCGAUACUUAUCCAAGGUACUUAUACGUUCCUAGUACAUGUAGUAACAACAUUUUAUUGGGUAGUGCAAAGUUUAGAAGCAGAGGAAGACUGCCAGUUUUAACAUAUUUACAUUCAAACAAGGCUGCCAUCUGUCGCUGCAGUCAACCACUCUCGGGAUUCAGCGCAAGGUGUCCUGAAGAUGAACAAAUGAUGUACAAUAUAUUAUGUACAAAUCCCAAUUCGAGAUAUAUGUAUGUUGUCGAUACAAGACCGCGGAUUAACGCUUUUGCUAAUAGAGCCGCGGGGAAAGGAUACGAGAAUGAAAAUUUCUACGACAAUAUAAAAUUUCAUUUCUUUGGAAUAGAAAACAUUCAUGUGAUGAGAACAAGUUUAAAUAAACUUUUGGAUUUGCAAAGAUCGACCUCUAUGAGCGCAUUUUUGAGCGGCCUAGAAAGCAGUGGCUGGUUAAAACAUAUUCGUUCUAUUCUGGAAACCGCUUGGUUUAUCGCACGAGCUGUUGCGAAUGGCGUAAGUGUAGUGGUGCAUUGUAGUGAUGGAUGGGAUCGCACUGCACAAGUAUGUUCUUUAGCUGCAUUAUUGUUGGAUCCAUUUUACAGAACCAUCCAAGGCUUUCAAGCUUUGAUAGAAAAGGAUUGGCUGUCGUUUGGUCAUAAAUUUAGCGACCGUUGUGGGUACAUCAGCAGCGAUGGUAAAGAACUCGCUCCGAUAUUUACACAGUUUAUAGAUGCGACGUAUCAAUUGCUGCAACAAUAUCCAUACAAAUUUCAAUUCAAUGAAUAUUUUCUUUUGACAUUACACGAUCAUAUACAUAGCUGUCAACACGGUACAUUUAUCGGAAAUUCGGAGAAGGAACGACAAAUGUUGAGAUUAUGCGAGCGAACAUAUUCAUUGUGGGGUUACUUGGCUAAUAAUACAAACGAGUAUAUAAAUCCAAUCUACAUAUGCAAUCGUUACAAUAAUGAGGAUUCUACUGAUGUCCUUCAUCCUAAAUUGGCACCUCAAUCUAUCGUUCUUUGGAGAGGUUUAUACUUUAGAUUUGAGAACGGAAUACAUCCUAGAGAAACAUGUGAAGAUCUACUUUUGACAAUAUAUGAUCACACAAGCUCUUUAGAGGAUCAUGUGAAACUUCUGCUAAAACGAGUCAAUUCUUUGGGACAACUUUUAACUACAAAUAAUUCUCAAAAGAAGGGAAAACAUAAGUUUGAUAAUAAAUUUAUGAAGGAGACUCUAUCGGAGACAAUAAUAGAAAAUGCUACAAAUCAUGAAGAAAAGAUGAAAGCUAAAUUAAAAGUAAGUCAAUUGGAGAAUGAAUUGAAAACGGUUGCUCUGGAAUGGAAAUCAUCGCGAAAUAUAGAAGAAUGCGGAUGUUCCACCACAUUUGAUGCGUUCAACAAAAAGCAUCAUUGUUGGUCCUGCGGUGAUGUGUUGUGCACAAGAUGCAUGGCGGUACACACGAAACUACCCGGACAUCUAUCACAGCGCGCCGUACCUACGUGUAAAACAUGUUAUCAAAGUUCCGGGGUAUCCGCCACUAGUCCAUAAACUUAAUAUUUUAUUUAAGACUCCUUGAUAUACUUACUGUGACCAUAUUAAAUUGUGACGUCAGAGAAAGGUGAGAAAACUAUCUUUCCCUUUAUAAUCAAUCAAUACCUGUAAAAUGAAUAUGAUGCCUCAUCCAUAUAGUCUUUCACAUGCGCAGUCAUUCCGCGUGACAAAGUUUGAUGUCGCAAUUAUUUUACGCAAUUAUUGUUGUUGAUUAACUGUCAAGGGAAAAAUAUUUUCGGACUAUUUUAAAAGUGCACUAAAAUCAUCUGAAGUUGUUUCAUAAAAAUAUCUUUUUAUCUGAAAAUGGUACGCAAAAAUUUGCAGCAUGUAUUUUCUCGCUUCUGACGUCACAAUCUAAUGGACGAGACGAGUAGCAAGAAGCCUUAAUACCGACAUAUACUUAUAUAAUUCAUAUUUAUAUGUAUAUGUCCCAAGUGAAAUAAUGAAAAAGCCUAGCAUAUUUAUCAUCAAACAAUAUAUUGUAUUUCAAUUUCAUAUAUAUUUGGCUUUUCUAUCUC